AUGAAAUUCUUAUAUAGCUUGGUGUUUACAAUUCUUCUCGUCUUUGAAGCUAGAAGUGAAGGGCCUGGUGACUUUAAAAUAAGGAUAUGUCCUUCUAUGAACUACCAGGUUCAUGAAGGAGAACCAAGUACUUUGCUUAAUAUCUCACUUGCCACUCAUUCACCCAGAUUACAUCUUGAUCAUCAAAAAUAUGGAUUUUUGGCAAAAUAUCCAAUGGAAGCAAUGAAUGAAGGUAAAGCUCUUGUAAAUGUCAAGAGUUAUAACUUGGAUAAUGGCAAUUCCCAGAUUUAUGUCUCAAUGUGCUCUAAAGAUAGACACUCAGUGAACUCAUUGCUAACUGCUAAUCAAGGAUUUUCCUUCGAAGACCCUAAGAUUUUUCAACGCAUGGGUUCCACAGAGGAUAAGACAAGGUUUUGCAAGAAGGCAAGCUUUGAGACUAACAAGAGCGGUGAACUCCAAAGACUCUUUGAGAAGGAUUUUAAGUUUCCAUUCCAGUUAUUAAGCCAGGUUGAAAUAUCAGAGGGGCUUGAAAUAGAUGAGUAUACUUAUAUUAUCGGUAAGGAAUCUAGCGCACAGCUAGUUGGAUAUUCUGUAAACUUGGAUAAGUCUAAGUUCGCAAAAGAAGCUAUUGUUACAAUCAAGAAGGAUUCUUGGCUAUAUUUCUGCGAUGGUACUCCUCAUAGUACAUAUCUUAAUAUGGAUAAGAAUCUGUAUGAGCCUCGUAUUCUCUCAUUCAACCGUUCGAUAGAGAACCCGGGCUUUCAUAAGAUUUAUCAAAACUCUUUGACCUUGAAGCCUAUUAUGAGUCACGAUUGUGUUCUUAAGAUCAGCGAGUAUGUCAGUUCAGAUAUAUUCUUCGACAUGGAUGAGCUCCUUCGGUUGAAGGAGCUAUCAAUGGAGUUUGACUACCCCAUUGAUAUAGAGAAGCCUGCCAAUGUUUCUAAGCAUCACUUCGUGUCAUACUACCUAAAGCUGGAGGAGAGCGAAGGUUUAGUCUCAAAAAUAACACAGAAUGAAAAUGGAGGCUAUGAUUUCUCCUGGUGGUUCCCCUGGCAUCUGAGAUAUCAACUACCAGAUAAAAAAACUAAGGUAUUGAAGGAUCAGACAACAUUCUGGGUCAGAGAUCCAGAUUUUGCAUAUAUUUGCUAUAAUGAUCCGAGAAUUACAGCUAAUAAUCCUCUUGGAUUUGAAGAGGUUGUUAAUGGGAAAUUAGGACACAAGAAAAUUUGGAGACAUAUGGACUUUUCUUCUGAGCAUAAUCAUCAUUAUAAUGUAACAGCCCCUGUAGUGCCAAAUAAAGAAUACCUAAUGAUCAAUGACACUGAAAUUAUUACAUACGAGGCCUUAUCAGGAGCUAUAGUUCUUGGAUGUAUGCUACUAAUCGCCAUAAUUUCUCGUACAAAGAGUGAAUAAUUCAA